GCGUUACCAUGGUAACAGCAGUACUAGCAGCACUGGCAGGAUCUGUGCUGAGAGGUGUUAAAAAAAAUCGAAAAGCGCAACAGUCUAUUACUGAAAGCCUUUGAUUAACCCAGGUCGUUGCUUAUCAAACAGCGUCGCAUCGCAAACAAACGUCAGUGCAAUGACCUCGGAGGCUAAUGCAGAAAAUAAACCGGAUGGAAGGUGUUUACUGGGAAACUGGGUUGAGGAGAGGGCUACUGCAUUGCUAGACAGGACCGGGCCUAGAUCACGUCUAGGUGUCCAUAAGUACGGACACACAGGGAUUCUUACCAUGGAUGUGGCUGCUAAAGUGCAGGGAAUUAGUACAUUCAGAGCGACUUUCAAUGCUCCUAAAAUCCUUGGGGUGCGACAAAAAGGAAGACGAACUGAGCUUUUGGAAAAUGACCUCAUCAAAAGAAUAAGUGAUCAAAUACAUGCAGAGCUGAACGCUGACCCUCCAGCCCCUGAGUUGUGCUCUGUGACCAAAGCAGACUUCAAAGUGGAGGGCUUCAAGUCUGUCCGCUCACCACUGACCAUGGAUCAUGAUUACACAACCGAGCAGGCCAUUACAUUUUGGAGUGAAAACUAUCAUAAGAUUCAGGGCGUGACAGCAGUUAAAACUAAAGAUAGUCCAUUUAAAAGAAAUGCCACCUUUAGUACACCACUCUGUGAACAACUAGAUCAGCUGGAUGACACAGUGCUGUACCCAUCAGAAAAUGAUGCUAAUUUGUGAGAGAAUUUUUAAAAUAUCAUCAUUUGAUAAUUUAAUUAUCUUCUGUUAAAUGUCUUCAUUUUAGUUAGUUUUGAAUUUUUUAACUAUUUUAAAUCACCAAUAAACAGAAAAUGCAGAAAUGUAAGCCUUUGAAUUACACGGCUUUGCAAGUCUAUAAAUGGCUGCUCACUUCACUCCUGCACUGUGACAAA